GGCGCGGGCGGUGUGUCGGUGGUCAUUUAAUUCUAACAUAACCAAUACAUACGUUUAAUAUCGCUUGCCGAUACAGUAACGUUAUAAGGCACACAAUAAGGGCGAUUUUCAUUUCUCAAGAAAAUGAAAAGGCCAUAUACUUAUAUUAAAACCGAGUGUUACAUGAAAUUCAAGUGUAAUUCGCAUUACAGUAUGUCACACGUAUUUUGUAAGGUGUAUUCAUUUGGGUUCAAAACGUUGCGCAAUUGCCAAUUUGAAAGAUGGCUGCUGUGCAAGUAAUCGAAGCAGAGAAAGUGUACAUCAUGCACGGCGUGCAGUUCCGUAAAUGCGACUCCAGAAUUUGAAGGUCGAGGAGGGGAGAGCCUUGGCAAAGAGAUUGCGAACACAUUGUACAGAGUCUUCGAUAAUGGCCGCAACAUAGUCCCUCUGUAUUUGUCCAAUGGAACACUGCUGGACUUUCUAUGUAUAUGUGUUGCUGUUGCAGUGUGACGGAAACCUUUUUGAUGCAAUCUCAGUUGCAAUCAAGGCUGUGCUUUUUCAUACAAGGAUCCCCAAAGUCCAGAUGAUUGAGGAUGAGGAGGGUACGAAGGAAAUUGAGCUGUCGGAUGACUCGUAUGACUGUAUGAGACUCAACGUAGAAAACGUCCCCUGUAUUGUGACCCUGCAAGUAUAAUUGUAAACAACAUUGGAAGAGACAGACCAAAAUCC